AUGCUUGAGGACCAACAAAAUCCGUUCUCGAUCAAAUAUCUUUCACAUGAUUUAUCCGAUGAAAUAAUUGAAAACUCUGCAGUUAUUGAGUUGCAAUUAGCAGUUGUUUUAGUACAAGAAGCACCAGAAGAAGAAGAGGAUAAAAUUUGGGCAUUCUAA